AUGUGGGAAUUGCGGUCAAUGUCAUUCUGGCGGGCGGUGUUUGCCGAAUUCUACGGCACCAUGUUCUUCGUCUUCUUUGGCUUGGGGGCCGCUCUCCGCUGGACCACAGGGCCCCACAACGUCCUGCAUGUGGCCUUCUGCUUUGGGCUGGCGGCCGCCACGCUCAUCCAGUCCAUCGGCCACAUAAGCGGCGGACACAUCAAUCCGGCGGUGACCUUUGCCUUCCUAAUUGGCUCCCAAAUGUCGCUGUUCCGCGCAGUCUUCUACAUAGUCGCCCAAUGUCUGGGAGCUUUGGCUGGCGCCGCCGUGCUCUACGGGGUCACGCCCAUCAACGUUAGGGGCAACCUGGUUUUGAACACGCUGCAACCAGGAAUCGGCCUGGGCAUGGCCACCACCAUGGAGGUCUUCCUCACUCUGCAGCUGGUGGUUUGCAUCUUCGCCGUGACAGACGAGCGUCGCAACGGACGCUUGGGAUCCGCUGCCCUGGCUAUUGGUUUUUCCGUGCUGAUGGGACAUCUUCUCGGGAUUUACUACACUGGAGCAGGAAUGAACCCAGCAAGGUCCUUCGCCCCAGCUGUGCUGGUCAGGAAUUUUGUCAACCAUUGGGUGUACUGGGUGGGCCCUCUGAUUGGCGGUGCAAUUGGCGCACUGCUGUAUGACUUCCUGCUCUUCCCACGAAUGCGCAGCCUCUCUGAGAGGCUCGCCACUCUGAAGGGCACUCGGCCCCCGGAGGCCGAGGGCCAACAGGAGACCAGAGGAGAACCCGUGGAGCUCAAAACGCAGGCUCUAUAA